GGGCGCUGCGUGGUGACCAACGUAUCCGCUCUCAAUUCAAAUCGGUAAAAGAGAAACAGACCGCGUCCGUUUGAAAAUAUUGUGCCAGUGUCGUGCAAAUAUACUGAAGUGAAUGUUUGUUUAUGCUGCAGAAAAUGGCAGGCAAGAUAAACGUACCUGACGACUGUAGCUAUAAAACAUAUUCUGUUUGCGAGAGUGCCGUUGACAGCAGUACCAGAGUGGAGGAAGAUGGAGACAGCGACGGACCAGCAGUGUUUAUGUGCGGCAAAUGCAAGCUGCCCAUCGGUGACUCUCUGUCUUGGGCAGGCAGUGAUGACGAGCAGAACCAAAUUAUGCUUAAAAAAACCAGUGACAAUGUUGUCAUAGGCAAAGAGCCCUUUGUUUCUGUUACCCGAAAGGAGCUUGGAUGCCUUGUUGUGAGCCUCACCUGCCAUGGCUGUUGUUCAGAACUCGGCAUCAUGUAUACAUCAACCCCAAAAAAGUUUGAUUACAAGAGAUCCCUUUUCUGCUUUAAUGUUGCAAAUAUUGAAAGCUAUGUAGUGGGCAGUCCAGGCCAGCAGAUGCCAGAGUUGGAGAGACAAGACAGACCAGUGACCCUUGAAUACCAAGACAUCGUUGAGCAGCAAAUGACAGAGAUAAAAUCUCUAGCUGUGAUAAUAGGACAAAGACUACUGGAAAUUGAAAAUAACCUCCAGUGUUGUUCGGGAAAAUGAUGUGAGCUGUUCUCAAAGCCGUUGUUAAGACUAUGUCUCUUGUCUUGUUUCUUAACUAUUUUGUGUUGAAACCACAUAGAAGUGUGUCUCAGUGUUUAUUGGAUCAGUCAGAAAAGUUGUGUAUUUAUAUCAAUUGACUGUAUAGAUGCAUGCAAGUGACAUACACAUAUCUGUAAUGUCCCACUUUAUACCCAUUGGUUUUGGCCUGUACAGUUUAUGUACUGGAUAUUGGAUGCUGCAACAGAAUAUUGUAUUUGUCUUUAAAUGUUGUUGUACUGUAUGUUAAACAGCAAUACCAGAUAUCAGACAUAUUAGAAGUGCAAUUAAAUGUCCCCAUGUGUUUAGAAUAUCUUAUGUUUUGCCAUAGAUCCCUGUGUUUUUGUCAUAUGUGAAGCUGGAUUUACAUAUAUCUUCUUUAAAUAAAAUAUGGAUACACAUGGUGAACAUGCAUUAUAAAUAAACAGUUG